CACUGCCGCACCCUGCUCAGCGAUUGUAACGAUGGUGCCACCUUGAAAUCUGAGAGAAGGAAAGACGAGUAAGAAGAAAGGAAGAUAAUAAUCAUCAUCAUUUUCUAAACCUCCUCUGUGCCAUAAGCACCUGCCAUGGAGAGGAGCAGUGUAUCUUGGACAAGUAAUAACCUGUGACGGCUCAACUUAAGAAACUUGAGAUCUGCUUCUCCUUCGUUAUCUUCUCCAACCAAGAUGAUGCUUUGGCUGCUGCUAGCUCUGGCCACUUGGGUGGGACCUCGUCAAGCUGACACCGCCCACUCCAAUGAACGGCGAGUUGUAGCACACAUACCUGGUGACAUCAUCAUUGGAGCCUUGUUCUCUGUCCAUCAUCAGCCUCCUGCUGACAAGGUACAUGAGCGGAAGUGUGGUGCAGUGCGAGAGCAGUAUGGCAUCCAGAGGGUGGAGGCUAUGAUGCACACACUUGACCGCAUUAACAAUGACCCAUACAUCCUUCCCAACAUAAGCCUGGGCUGCGAGAUCCGAGACUCUUGUUGGCACUCAGCUGUGGCUCUGGAGCAGAGCAUUGAGUUCAUACGGGAUUCACUGGUCUCCUCUGAUGAGGCUGAGGAGUGGGGUGGAGGAGUUUCUUGGGGAGGAGGAGGAGGAGGAGGAGGUGGAGGAGCAACAACAACAAUGAAGUGUGCAGACCCCUCUGCCACUCCAAUGCGUGGAAAGAAACCUAUUGUGGGUUUGAUUGGACCUGGGUCAAGCUCAGUGGCCAUCCAGGUCCAGAACCUUCUACAACUCUUCAACAUACCACAGAUUGCCUAUUCUGCUACCAGUAUGGACCUCAGUGAUAAGAGCCUGUAUAAGUACUUUAUGCGGGUAGUGCCUUCAGAUGCCCAGCAGGCAAGAGCUAUGGUGGACAUUGUCAAGAGAUACAACUGGAGCUAUGUGUCUGCUAUACACACUGAAGGCAACUAUGGUGAAAGUGGAAUGGAAGCUUUCAAGGACAUGGCAGCCAAAGAGGGCAUUUGUAUUGCCCAUUCAGGCAAAAUCUGGAGCAAUGCUGGAGAGCACAGCUUUGACCGGCUGCUGGAGAGACUGAGGGCCCACCUGCCCAAGGCCAGAGUGGUGGCAUGUUUCUGUGAAGGCAUGACUGUCCGCAACAUCCUCAUGGCCAUGAGACGCCAGGGACUGGUUGGAGAGUUCCUGCUCAUUGGCAGUGAUGGAUGGGCAGACAGGUAUGAUGUGACAGACGGUUAUGUUCGGGAAGCAGCUGGAGGUAUAACCAUCAAGCUCCAGUCAGCUGAUGUGAAAUGGUUUGACGAGUACUACCUUAAACUUCGUCCAGAAAACAACAUCAGGAACCCCUGGUUUCCAGAGUUCUGGCAGCAUCGCUUUCACUGUCGACUUAAAGGCCACCCACAGGAGAACAGCAAGUUCAACCGCACCUGUAGCAAGCGGGAGUCACUCCGGCAGCAGUAUGCACAGGACACCAAGAUGGGCUUUGUCAUUAAUGCCAUCUACUCAAUGGCAUAUGGCCUGCAUAAUAUGCAGCGGGCACUCUGCCCAGGCUAUCAGGGCCUCUGUGAUGCCAUGCGGCCUAUAGAUGGUGCUACGCUGCUGGACUUCCUGAUGAAAACUAACUUCACAGGCGUGUCAGGGGAGGGAAUCCUAUUUGAUGAGAAUGGAGACUCACCUGGCAGGUAUGAAAUAAUGAACUUUAAGAAGAUGGGGAAGGACUACUAUGACUACAUUAACGUUGGCAGUUGGGACAACAGAGGCUUGAAGAUAGAUGAUGACGAAAUCUGGCCCAACAAAGAUACGACGAUCAAGUCAGUCUGCAGUGAACCCUGUGACAAAGGACAGAUUAAGGUGAUCCGUAAAGGGGAGGUGAGCUGCUGCUGGACGUGCACUCCCUGUAAAGAAAAUGAGUUUGUGUUUGAUGAGUACACCUGUCGAGCCUGUGAGCUGGGCUCCUGGCCUACUGAUGACCUCACAGGCUGUGACCCAAUCCCAGUUGAAUACCUGCGGUGGGGCGACCCUGAACCCAUUGCCGCUGUGGUCUUCGCCUGCCUCGGUCUCAUGGCCACAUUCUUUGUCACUGCCGUCUUCAUCAGGUUUCGGGACACCCCAGUGGUGAAGUCAUCGAGCAGAGAGCUGUGCUACAUCAUACUGGCAGGGAUCUGUUUGGGUUACCUGUGUACCUUCACCCUCAUAGCUAAACCGCACGUCAUCCACUGUUACCUCCAACGACUGGGAAUAGGCCUAUCACCCGCCAUGAGCUACUCUGCGCUCGUUACUAAGACAAACCGCAUUGCUCGGAUCCUGGCAGGCAGCAAGAAGAAAAUCUGUACAAAGAAACCUCGCUUUAUGUCUGCCUGUGCUCAGCUCAUCAUUGCCUUCCUCCUCAUUCUGCUGCAGCUGGGCAUCAUCGUCGCCCUCUUCCUCAUGGAGCCACCUCGUGUGAUCCAUGACUACCCCAGCAUCCGCCAGGUCAACCUCAUUUGCAACACCACUAACCUGGGUGUAGUGGCUCCACUGGGGUACAAUGGCCUUCUGAUCCUCAGCUGCACCUUCUAUGCCUUUAAGACCCGCAACGUCCCGGCUAAUUUCAAUGAAGCAAAGUACAUUGCCUUCACUAUGUACACCACCUGUAUCAUCUGGCUGGCCUUUGUACCCAUCUACUUUGGAUCCAACUACAAAAUCAUCACCAUGUGCUUCAGUGUCAGCCUCAGUGCCACUGUGGCUCUGUGCUGUAUGUUCGUACCCAAGGUGUACAUCAUUUUAGCCAAACCAGAGCGGAACGUGCGUAGUGCCUUUACCACUAGCACAGUGGUGCGCAUGCACGUGGGUGACGGCAAAUCCUCCUCAGCAGCCAGCCGUUCUUCGAGUCUGGUUAACCUGUGGAAACGUAGAGGCUCUACUGGAGAGACGCUCAGCUCCAACGGUAAAUCUGUAUCUUGGGCACAGACGGAGCGGAGCAGUUCACGUGGCAACCACCUGUGGCAGCGGCUGUCCUUCCACAUCAAGAGAAAGGAGAAUAAUCAGACUGCCGUCAUCAAGCCCUUCUCCAAAACCUCUGAGGAGCGUUACUGUGGUGGGGGUGACUUGCCCCCUCAUGUUCCUCUGCCCUCCCUCCCAUCCAUGUCCUCCCUGCCCACUCAUCCCGACGCUGGCGCAGACAAGACUCUGUACGACCUCUCUGAAGCAGAGGAGCGCUACUCCCUCACAUAUCGGCCGCAGACACCUUCGCCAAUCAGCACGGUCAGCCAGAGGCUAGGGGCGGGAUUAGGGGAGGAACCUCACAUGUCUGGCAUUCCCACGUACACAAGCAGCAUUUGUAGCGGCGGCAGCGGCAGCAGUUGUGGUCGUGCCAGCAGUGGAUCUGUCGUCACUGGGAGUGACGGUCGUCUGGUGAUUGUGGACGAUUACACAGUGCGGCCCCAGAGUUCACUGAUGGAUCAGAUCAGCUGUGUAGUGAAUCGUUUCACAGCCAACAUCACCGAGCUCAACAGCAUGAUGCUGUCACCCUCACCAACUCACUCACACUCAAACAAACACACACCUCCUUCUCCUCAGCCCACCGACCCGUAUCUGCUACCCCGCGAGCUCCAGAUGGCCCCAACCCUUACCACAUUCGCCGAUGUCCAGCCCCUCCCAUCCGGUGGCUGCCUCGCACACCCCGUUCCUCCUUCACCUUACCCACUGCCACCUCCUCACUCCCAGGCCUCCCCCUCUCUCUCCCCCAUGCGAGGAGGCCUGGUCGGCUGCCUGAGCAACUCCCCUAUGAGAAGGGGAGAGUUGGACGAGGAGCUUAUUGCUUUGACUCCUCCGUCCCCCUUCCGUGACUCUCUGGCGUCCAGCAGUGGCUCACCUGUCUCAGAGACAGAUCUGUGUCUCCCCCCAGUCCCCUCCCAUCCUCCCCCCUCUCCUCCUUCGCCCAGGUUUAGCAGGCUCACACUCAGAAACUACAGCCAGAGUUCAUCCUCACUGUGAGGCAGAGACGACAAGUUAUGAAAACGCAUAAGUGAAGAGGAGCAUCAAAAAACAGCAGGUCUUACAGAGGAGAGAGAGGACAGAUGGAUUGAAAUCCAUUAGUCCCUACAUGCAGUAAAAAACCUGAAGUAGAGGAGUCAUGGAGCACUGGUUGGUGAUUGAACCAAGCUGUGUUUGUGUUUACAUGUUCGCAGUGAGAUGUAAGUGUAAGAGGCUUUGUCAUGUUGUGUUUUCUUAGCACUGUCUCUCACACGUCAGGCCAGGAGAACUGCAAAAACAGCCCCUACAACUUUGCAGUGGAUCGGUGUCUGUAAAGCCACAAAUCAUUCUCGUAGGCUAUGGAUCGUUGAGGUUUGGCUCGUGGCCUUAAGGUAACAUGGCUAUCCACUAAUUAGAGACUGUGAAUAUGUGUGUGUUUGAUUGUGUGCGUGCGUGCGUGCGUGUGUGUGCGUCAGUUUGUACUGUUACUCAGUUUAAUGGCUACAUGACUUGAGAUAAUAAGGUGAGGAGCCUAUCAUCCAUAUGGAGGCUAUCAUGGACACAUAUAUAUCUACACACACUCACACAAAUAGAAAUAUUAGGGAACAACGUUGUAAAUACUGAGAGGUUGUGGAUUUUUGUAAAUGAUGAAAUCCAACAUGCUUCUGACUAAAGUGCAUUGUGUUAACAUACCAGACUGUAUGUUAUUCUGAAGAACUGUCUCACAAAAGCAUCUUCUGACUCAUUCACUUCCCCAGUCUGUUCCCUCUACUUAGCUUUCUUUUCCUCAAUCCCCCUUUCCCCCUCGCUGUUGUCUCCUUUUUUUUUCUGCCAGUAUUUCAGUAUUUUCUACUCUCCCGGUGUGUUUUUCUUCAGAAGUUUGAAUGUAUAUUUUCUACAUAAUUCCUGAAGCGGUCGGGACCAAACUUUUUUGUACCUCUCAGCCUGUGU